CAUGGUCAAGAAAGCGGCUUUCAUUACCGGUGGCGCCUCCGGCAUGGGCCUCGCCGUCGCCGAAGCCCUCUCUUCGCGCACGCACGAAGACUGGGACCUGCACCUAAUCGACCUGAACGCCGAAGCGGGCAAACGCGCCGCCUCCUCCCUCAAGAACGCACACUUCCACCAAACCAAUGUGACGGACUACUCCUCCCUAAUCUCUGCCUUCGAGUCCGCCUUCUCCAGCUCCGGACGUCUCGACUUCGUCUUCGCAAACGCAGGCAUCGUCGAGCGCGACAACUUUUACGAGAAACAUGAUCUAAGCAAGCCGCCGCCGCAGCCGAACCAGCUAAGCAUUGAUAUCAACUUGAAGGCCGUGGUCAGUACGUGUUAUGCGGCGCUGCAUUAUUUUAGGAAGAGUCCGAAGGAUGGGAGCAGUCCGGCGCUGGUGAUGACAGCGAGUUGCGGCGGCUUGUACCCGUCUGAGUUUUGCCCCAUGUACUCGGCCGCGAAGGCGGGAGUGAUUCACUUCAACCGCGCAAUCUCGUAUUGCUACCAUUUAGACGGCAUCCGGACGUAUGCUACGGCGCCGGGGACCAUCAAGACCAACCUGAUGACGGGCGAGGAGUGGAAGAGCUUUCCCGACGAGUAUUUCACCCCCAUGUCAACGCUGGUGCGGGCUGUGACGGCGGUUGUGGAUGGGGGUGAUUUGCAGGAUGACAAGGGGAGGAGGAUCAAGGCGGACGAAGCGUACGGGCUAACGGUCGAGGUCACCGGGGAUAGCGUUUAUUAUAGGGAGCCGGGAGCGUUCUGUGAUCCGCAUAUGGAGGCAAUGAUGAAGUAUACGUGUAUGGAGAACCAGCUGGCGCGGAUUGAGAAGUCAAAGGGGAAGACGAACGGCGCGUAG